AUGGGUGGAAAAGUUGAUUCUUCUGUUAACAAAGGCAAAUGUCCAUAUAUUUUCAGACUUAGUGGUCAAAAGUACCAUUGUAUGGGCAGCCUUCUACCAAUAGAUGGAUCAAAACCAAAGUUCUCUCAACUAUACAUAUAUGAUACUGACAACGAACUUUCAAAGAGACAACACGCUUUCAGUCUACAACGUAUAAAUGAAUUGCAUCUUGCUUACCUUGCUCUUCAAUACCCACUGCUCUUUCCUUAUGGGGAUGAUGGAUAUCGAGUUGACAUCCCUCAUAGAGAUAUUUCGAAUAUUGGGCAGCGUGUGAUAUUGCCUUCUUCUUUUACUGGUGGUGCACGCUACAUGAUGCAGAACUAUUUAGAUGUCAUGUCACUUUGUAAGUGGUUUGGCUACCCAGAUUAUUUCAUAACUGUAACAUGCAAUCCAAAGUGGCCCGAGAUUCAAAGGUUUAUCGCUGACACAAACCUCAAACCCGAAGACAGACCGGAUAUCCUAGCUAGGUUGUUCAAAAUGAAACUAGAUUCAUUGAUUAAAGACUUAAAGAAAAAUUCAUUAUUGGGUUCGGUCGAAGCAGUUGUUUAUACGGUGGAGUUUCAAAAGCGCGGCCUACCUCAUGUUCAUAUAUGUCUAUUCAUACACUCUGAUUACAAGCUCCCAACCGUUGAACAUAUUGAUUGGGUUAUUUCUGCUGAAAUUCCAAACAAAGACGACGAUCCAUAA